AUGUCUCAGAGAAAUGACAACAUAACGCUAAAGACAGCUACUGCCUAUCAGUUGCUUGCACAACGUGAAAAUAUGUGUGAAUUGUUUAAUUUGAUAGACCGUAGCGAGUUAGAUACAUAUUUCGUCAACAAAGAUAAGAAACAAGAGACACUAAAGGAGAUGAAGGAUAGAUUGGAGAAGUUAAAGAAUGAGCUAUAA